AUGAAAAUAGUAUUGAUAAAAAAAAUAAAAAAUAUUAAUGCAAUAAAUGAUUAUAUAAAUAAUAAUGCAAUGAGUGAAGAAAUAGAGUCUUCAAAUAGUAACCAAGAUUUAUCAUCAAGCAAUCCAUUAAAUUUAGCUAGAAGAAAUAAAAAAGAAAAAAUAAAACUAGAAAAAAAUAAAUAUGAUAAAAUUUAUGAAUUAGAAAAAUAUAUAAACAUAAAUAAUGCAACAAAUGUUUCCUCUUUAAGAAUAAAAUUAUGGGAAGCUUUAUUACUAUACAUAAAUAAUUUGAAUAUAGAAUUAGUUUAUUUUAUUAUUAGUUGCUUAGAAAAAAUAGAAGUAUAUUGGGGUCAGGAAGCAACAGAUAAUUUACAAGAAAUUAUAAAUUUAAUAAAUGACAAAAAAUAUAAAGAUGUUUCUAAUAAAAUAGGGGAAACCUUAUCAAGUUUAUCAGUAACAACUGGAAAGACAGCUGAAGAUAAUCCUUUUUUUUAUACCUUAAUAGUAUCAGCGAAAAGAGAUGAAAAUAGCCAUAAUUAUAAUUCUGAUUUAGCUUGUGAAUUAAAUAAAAUAUUACAAUAUGAACAUAAUAGACUAUCAAAUCAAAAUAAUAAUAAAAAAUUAGAAUACAAAAUUAUUGAAGUAAGUAAUGCAGAAGAGGCAUUAUUAGCCUGUUUAAUAAAUUCUCAAAUAUUAUCAGUUGUUCUAGUAGAUAAUUUGACUAUUGAUGAAGAAAAUUCAAAAGAAAAAGAAUAUUUUAAUUUUACUGAAGAAAAUUCGUUAAAUAAUAAUUGUGCAAAUAAUUCUUAUUUAAAUUGCAAUGGAACGAAUAACACAAACAAAACAUCCUUGACACAUAGUAUGCAUAAUGGUUCAACCUCAAAUAAUAAAGAUGUGAGAAACAUACAAAAUUAUAGAAAUAAUAGCAAUAAUAAUAUGAAUGAAAAUAAAAAAGUAAAUGGUUUUAUAAAAAAUGAUUAUAAGUUUUAUAUUAAAGAUUUUGUAUUGGGAUAUGAACAACUUGUGCAUGCACCUGUAGAAAAGAUGAAAAAAGGUUUUAAUAGUUUAGUAAUAUUGAUUAAAAGCAUAGCAUAUAUUAGAAGUUCUAUAGAUAUUUUUUGUGUUUGUACAUCUAUUACAUUAGAUAAAUUACAGUCUGUUAAUAAUAUGAUAAUCAGAAUAUUCACUACACAUGACGAUCAUAGUGAUUUGCAUGAAUCAAUAUUAGAUGGGGUAAAAAAGAAAAUUAAAACUCCUUUUUUUAAUGCCUUAAAAUCUUAUGCAGAAAGACCAAUUGGGGUAUUUCAUGCAUUAGCUAUAAGUAAAGGAAAUAGUGUAAGAAGAAGUAGAUGGAUACAAUCCCUUUUAGAUUUUUAUGGUGUUAAUUUGUUUAAAGCUGAAUCAAGUGCUACUUGUGGAGGUUUGGAUUCUUUGUUAGAUCCUCAUGGAUCUUUAAAAGAAGCUCAAUUAAUGGCUGCACGUGCUUAUGGUAGUAAGUAUUGUUUUUUUGUUACUAAUGGAACAUCAAGUUCUAAUAAAAUUGUUAUGCAAGCUUUAGUGAAACCAGGUGAUAUUAUAUUAGUUGAUAGAGCUUGUCAUAAAUCACAUCAUUAUGGAUUUGUUUUGUGUCAAGCUCUUCCAUGCUAUUUAGAUCCAUAUCCAGUAUCCAGAUAUGGGAUAUACGGAGCAGUUCCUAUAUAUGUAAUUAAAAAAACGCUACUAGAAUAUAGAAAUAGCAAUAAAUUACAUUUAGUAAAAUUAUUAAUUUUAACUAAUUGUACCUUUGAUGGUAUAGUUUAUAAUGUAAAGAGAGUUAUAGAAGAAUGUCUUGCAAUAAAACCUGAUUUAAUAUUUUUGUUUGAUGAAGCAUGGUUUGCUUAUGCAUGUUUUCACCCUAUUUUAAAAUUUAGAACUGCUAUGACUGUUGCUGAUAAAAUGAGAAGUAAAGAGCAAAAAAAAAUAUAUUAUAAAAUUCACAAAAAAUUACUAAAAAAAUUUGGAAAUGUUAAAAGUUUAAAUGAAGUUUCAGCAGAAAAAUUACUUAAAACGAGAUUAUAUCCAAACCCAUCAGAAUACAAAGUACGAGUUUAUGCUACUCAAUCAAUUCAUAAAUCGUUAACUUCAUUAAGACAAGGUAGUAUCAUAUUAAUAAGUGAUGAUAAUUUUGAAUCUCAUGCUUAUACCCCUUUCAAAGAAGCUUACUUUACACAUAUGUCAACUUCUCCUAACUAUCAAAUACUUGCUACUUUAGAUGCAGGAAGAGCUCAAAUGGAAUUAGAAGGAUAUGGAUUAGUAGAAAAACAAGCAGAAGCAGCGUUUUUAAUAAGAAAGGAAUUAAAUGAUGAUCCAAUGAUUUCUAGAUACUUUCGAACUUUAAAUGCAGAAGAUCUAAUACCAGAUAGCUUAAGACAAUGCGCAGUUUCUUAUAUAAAAAAAAAAAAAAAAAUGAAAGAUUAUGAUUCUUCUGAUUCUAAAUAUAGUGGCAAUAUAACUUAUUCUUGUAAUUCUAAUAGUCAAGUAAAAGGGUUAGAUCCUUCUGAAAACUUAAAGUAUCCUAUAAAAAAUAUGAGUAUAUCUUAUGAAUAUAUAAAUGCAAGUAAUGCAAUUAAUAACAAUAAUGUUUUUUUACAAAAUGAAUUCACAAAUAAUAAUGCACAUGGAAAUAGUAAUACAGAAGUAAAUAAUGUCUGUAGAUCAAAUAAUUCUCCUUCUAGUAUUUUAAAUAAUAAAAAUGAGAGAAGUAUAGAUUUACAUGAAAAGAAUAAUUCUACUAAUACUUACAAUGAUAACUCUCAGACAAAAAUAAAUAGUAGUCUAAAAAAAAAAAAGAAAAAAAAUGAUAAAACAUUAAAUUCCAUAACAUAUGAUAGUAAUUUUAGUGAAGAUACAUAUAACAAUUUAAGUUUUUUAGAAAACAGGAAUAAAAAUUAUAACAAUUCUUCAUAUUCAGGUGGCAUGAAAAAUUUUCUUGAAUACUUUGAAAGUUCGUGGUUGAGUGAAGAUGAAUUUGUCUUAGAUCCAACGAGAAUAACUUUAUUUACUGGUUAUUCUGGAAUAGAUGGAGAUACAUUUAAAGUGAAAUGGUUAAUGGAUAAAUAUGGAAUUCAGAUAAACAAGACAUCUAUAAAUAGUGUUCUAUUUCAAACAAAUAUAGGUACAACAGGAUCUUCUUGUCUAUUUUUGAAAAGUUGUUUAUCAUUAAUAUCUCAAGAAUUAGAUCAAAAAAAAAGUUUAUUCAAUGAAAGGGAUUUAAAUCAAUUUAAUGAAAAUGUGUAUAAUUUAGUAUCUAAUUAUAUUGAAUUAUCGGAAUUCAGUGAAUUUCACCCAUUAUUCAAAAAAAAGUAUGCCAAUCCAAAUAUAUUUAAUAAAGAAGGAGAUUUAAGGAAAGCUUUUUAUUUAGCUUAUGAAGAAGAUUAUGUUGAGUAUAUUUUAUUAGGUGAUUUAAAAGAAAGAAUAAAACAAAACGAAAUGAUAGUGUCUGCUAGUUUUAUUAUACCAUAUCCACCUGGAUUUCCAGUAUUAGUUCCUGGUCAAAUUGUUAGUCAAGAAAUUGUUGAUUAUUUAUCAGGAUUAAGUGUUAAAGAAAUACAUGGAUAUGAUGAAAAUUUGGGAUUUAGGUGUUUCUAUAAUUUUAUUUUAGAUUAUUUUUUUAAUAUGGACAUUACAGAUCCAUAUAGUUGUUAUCAAAAAAUUGAUAAAAAAACUUAUAAUCAAUUAAAAUUCAUGAGUUUAAGUAAGAAGAAAAAUAUAGAAAACAUUUAUGAUAUGUAUAUAUAUGAUAAUGAAACAAACAAAAUGAAAAAAUUAUAUUUAUGUAAUGGAAAAAUUUUUAAAGAAAAUAAUAUUCCCAUGAACGUUAAUUAUAACUUUGAUAGUUAUCAAGAAAAUGCAAAUAAUAAUGUAAUUGGUAUAUAUGAAAAUUUAAAUAACAAUGUUAUUAUGCCUAAUAUAAGUGAGAAUAACACUAAUAAUUGUAUAAAUAAUGGUGUAUCUAAUAAUUUGAAUGAUAGUGAAGAAAAUAUUUAUCAGUUAAAUGAAAACGAAGCUAAUAAUAAUAUUUUACAAUUUAAUAAAGGUUCUAUUACUUCACCAAAAAAAAUGUCUACAGAAUCAAUUAUUCAAAACACAAGUAACGAUGUAUUAUUAGAAGAAAAAAAAAUGAUAAAAUUUUAUGAUAACGUGAAUAAUAUUAAAAAUGGAGAAUAUAAUAUUUUUUUAAAUAAAAUAAAAGAAGAAAAUGAAUUAAAAUAUGAAAAUGAAGUAUACGGAAAUAACCAUAAUAACAACAAACUUUUACUUAAUUUUAAUAAAAUUCAUUCAGAAAAUUAUUAUAGUCAAACUAAAUUUAAAAAUUUAAUAUAUAACUCUAAUAACUAUAAAAAAAAUUAUAGGAAUUAUAAAUUUCAUAAUAAUAAUAGAAAUUAUGGUAAUAAAAAUUAUAUUAAAGAGCAAAAUAGAGAUUUUAAUAAUAGUAUAUCAUACAUAAGAAAUUCAAAUAUAAAUAUGAAUGUGAUUAAUACUAAUGAUAAUAAUCGUAAUGAUAAUUCUCUAACUGAAAAUAAUUUGAAUAAUGAGGAAAAAAGGAAUAUUGUGAACAAAAAUAAUAAUACUAUUUAUGAUAAUGGUAAUAGUGAUAUGAAUAACAUGAACAGUAAUUUUAUUAAUGAUGAGAAUAAUAACAUUUGUAAUACGAAUAAUAAUUUUAUUAAUGAUACAAAUAAUAUUAAUACGAAUAAUAAUUUUGUUAAAGAUUGUGAUAACAACAUAAAUAAUAUGAAUAAUAAUAUUAUUAAUAAUAUGAUUAAUAAUAUGAACAAUUGUAUGAAUAAUAAUAAUUUAAACAGUGAUAAUAUGCCUUCUUUUUCAGAUGUUUUCUAUCGAAAAAAAACAAAUAAAUUUAAUAAAAGUGAUGAUGGAAUAUACAGCAAUAAAUUAACUGAUUUCGUACCUAAAUUAAAACAAUCAAAUAUAAUUUUAUAUAAUAAAAUAAAAAAGAAUGCUUUAAUAAUGCAAAAAGAACAAGAGAAUAAUAUGAAUUAUUUGAAUGAUUGUCAUUUAAAAAAUAAUUAUUUGAAUGAAAAAAAUAAUAAAGAUAAUGAAUAUUAUUCAGAUUCUAGUAAAAAAGUAAAUGAAAAUAUAAGUAUAAAAGAUGAAAAUGACAACUUUCAAAAAAAAAAUAAAUGUGUUAAAAGAGAUUCACUUGAAUAUAAUUUUAAUAAAAUAGAAAAUAAUGAUAAUGAGAAAAACAAUAUAAUGUAUACUGCUAAUUGUAUAUCAAAUAUGAAUAUAGACAAAGAAGAUAUUUAUAACAAUAAUAAUAAUUAUGUUAAUAAUAAUACUACUAAUAUAAAUGAAAAUUUAGGUUAUAAUAUUAAUUAUUAUCCUGAUCAAAAUAUAAAUGAAAAUAUAGAAGAAAUAUGUAAAACAAAUGAGUUAUCCAUAAGAGAAUCAGAAAGAAAUAAUUUAAAUAAUGAAAUUCUUGAUAAAAAUGAAUUCUGUAAUAUAAAUAAUCAUGUGACCAAUAUAAAUUCAUUAAAUAAUUACAAUUAUGAUAAUGAUGAAAUGAUUAAUGAAAUGAACUACAAUAAUCAAAAUGUUAAUGAAAAUAACAACAAUAACAUAAAUAAUCACAUCAAAAAUGAAUUAACAUAUAAUGGAAAUAAUUUCAAUUAUCAAGAAAAUGAAAUUAAAAAAAAUUCUAUACUCAGAGAAAACGAAAUAGAUAAAAAUUCAAGAAAAUCAAAUACAUUAAAUAAUAAUAGUUAUAUAAAUAACCUUAUAACAAAUGUAGAUGAUGACACCUUUGUUCAUAAACAAGGGAACUUUUUCUUAGAAUGCGCCUUAACGAAUUCAGAAAUUAAUUGCAGCUCUUUUGAAAUGGAUGUUUCAUUAAAUAAUAUAUAUUCUAAUGGGGAAAGCAUAAAACAACAUAGGAAUUAUGAUAAUGAUAAAAAAAAAAAUGAAUUUAAAUAA